CAUAAUAAUGGUUUCAAAGUCAAAACCUUUGAACAUUUCAAGAAAUGACAACUCGCCGGUCGUCUUCGUUCACCUUCGUCUCUCUGUUUAUAUUAUGUCAUAAAGACGUAUUUUCAUGAUUGCAAAUAAACAAACAAACAAACAAAAGGAAUACUAUAAAAGUGCGUUUCUUAAUUUUUAAUUCUUUGGAAAGUAUACUAUAUUAGAUAGUGUUUACGGGGAGAAAACUUUCCAAAGGAAGGUUUAUUAGCUUGAGGUUGUUCUGUGAGCUCUAAUGGCUGAUAAGGUUGAUGAAAGAACGCUACAGCAGACUUCCACGUGGGCGGUCGCCGUGGUUUGCUUCUUCUUGCUUCUAAUUUCAAUUGUCAUUGAGAAACUGAUUCACAAAUUAGGAACCUGUUUUAAAAGGAAGAAUAAAAAAGCUCUGUAUGAAGCUCUUGAAAAGGUCAAAGCAGAGCUUAUGCUGAUGGGAUUCAUAUCACUGCUGCUAACAAUUGGACAAAACUAUAUAUCACAAAUUUGCAUCUCCGAGAGCAUCGCAGCAUCAAUGCGCCCUUGCAGUAAAUCCGAAGAGUUGAAAGAGUAUCCACCUAAGAACAAAGAUACGGGAAAUGACGAAGGAGAUGAAGAAAACUCUGGUCGAAAGCUUCUCGAACUAGUCGAAUCUUUCAUUCCUCGGAGGAGUUUGGCUACCAAAGGCUAUGACAAAUGUGCAGAGAAGGGAAAAGUGGCUUUUGUAUCGUCCUACGGUAUGCAUCAGCUGCAUAUAUUCAUCUUUGUUUUGGCCGUUUGUCAUGUGAUCUACUGUAUUGUUACUUAUGCUUUGGGAAAGAUCAAGGUAAUGAGAAGGUGGAAGAGGUGGGAAGAGGAGACAAAGACAAUCGAAUAUCAGUAUUCACAUGAUCCUGAGAGGUUUAGGUUUGCGAGGGAUACAUCUUUCGGGCGUAGACAUCUGAACUUCUGGAGCAAAUCGACUAUUACGCUUUGGAUUGCAUGUUUCUUCAGACAGUUCUUUGGGUCUGUUACCAGAGUUGAUUACUUAACAUUGAGACAUGGUUUCAUCAUGGCACAUUUGGCUCCUGGGAGUGACGCGAGGUUCGAUUUCCGGAAGUACAUUCAAAGAUCAUUAGAGGAAGACUUCAAAACCAUCGUCGAAAUCAGCCCUGUGAUCUGGUUUAUCGCUGUGCUAUUCCUCCUCACAACCACACACGGAUUGAAUUCUUACCUCUGGCAACCAUUCAUUCCCUUAGUUGUGAUACUUAUAGUUGGAACAAAACUUCAAGUGAUAAUAACAAAACUAGGACUUCUAAUCCAAGAGAAAGGAGAGAUAGUGAAAGGCAUGCCGCUUGUUCAGCCCGGUGAUCAUCUUUUCUGGUUCGGUCGUCCACGUUUCAUUCUCUUCCUCGUUCACUUAGUCCUUUUCACGAAUGCGUUUCAACUAGCGUUCUUUGCGUGGAGUACGUAUGAGUUUGGGAUUAAGAACUGUUUCCACAAAAGUACUGUAGAUGUGGUCAUCAGAAUUUCAAUUGGACUUAUUGUACAGUUUCUUUGCAGCUACGUUACUCUUCCUCUUUACGCUCUUGUUACUCAGAUGGGUUCGAAGAUGAAACCGACAGUGUUCAACGAGAGAGUAGCAGUAGCUUUAAAGAGUUGGCAUCACACAGCUAAGAAGCAGAUCAAACAUGGAAGAACUUCAGAGUCAACGACGCCUUUCUCUAGCCGUCCAGCUACACCUACGCACGAUUCUUCUCCGAUUCAUCUCCUCCGCAACGUCCACAAACGAAGCAGAAGCGCCGAUGAAAGCUUCGCCAACUCGCUGUCUCCGAGGAGAAACUCUGACUUCGAUACGUGGGAUGUUGAGUCUCAACAAGAACCUUCUUCUUCUUCGAUAAAGUAUCAUUCUAGGUUUAGGGAAGAAGACUCAGAGAAGAAGAAGCCUUCUGCUGUGGAGCUUCCUGCUGGACCUGGAAUAAUAAGAACUCAGCAUGAGAUUAGUACUAUUAGCUUAAGGGAUUUUUCAUUUAAGCGAUGAUUUUUAUUUAUAAAAAAAAAAUUGAUUACUAGUGAUGAUUUGUUAAUAUGUUUUCAAGCUUAUAUGGAAACAAUGUUCUUAUGUACAUUUCACCUUAUUUAUACAUAAUUAUUUCUCGUUUA